AUGAGUGGCGACGGGAAGCAGGUAGAGGUGGACCGGAUAUGGACGAACCUGGGACCGUGGAGCCGCUACCAGAUCAAACAGUACCUCAUAUAUGGUCUCGUCAUUGUCUCCUUGGCCUUUCAUACUCCCGCCAUUGUCUUUAUAUGCUACAGACCCAAUUUUCACUGCAAGGCGGGCAUGAACGAGACGGGAGCCAGGUUCGAAUACGGGGAAUGCAAGUGGGAUUUCGUUUGCGAGAAGGAAGAUCUUGCGGAGAUGACCCAACUGCUGCUCUUGGUCGGAAUGAUGAUUGGGAACUGCUUCUUCCCCACAAUGUCUGACCGUUUCGGCAGAAAGCCGGUGUUAGUAUUUAGUCAUAUAUGUAUGUUUGCAUUCGUUCUGGCAACGUCGUUUAGCCCCAACUACACGACCUUCGUCUUCCUAUGCACUCUCACCGGCGCCGUCACUCAGGAUUCUGGACUGGACGAAGGCGGGGAUGAGCGCGUUCGACUUAGCAAAGAUGGUGGCGACCUGCAGCUGGAUGCCCUGGCCGCUCCCACUCCGGCACCUGACGUGUUCGUGGAGAAAUACACUAUAUGUGAUAUGUUAAAGAACACGAUGGUCCGAAAUGUCUCCUUUAAAAUAUAUUACACAUGUGCCCUCAUCGAGUACCCCGCCGGGGUCUUCGAGUUAUUCGCACUAGUCAAAAUCGGACGGAAGUGGACAUGUGUGAUCUGCCAUGGCGUUGCUGCCAUCGCUCUCAUCGUUGCUACCGCCUUCCGCUACAGCGCAGAUGGGCAUGAGGGUAUGAUGGUGGCGGGGACGGCAUUCACGCUGAUCGGCAAGAUGGGCAUCACGGGCGCCUACAACACCCUCUGGGUCGUUACCCCUGAACUUUACCCGACCAACCUCAGGAACACGGGCUUCGGCGCCGCGUGGUCGUACAAGAUUCGCUGGAUGCCGGGCGCGAUAUAUGCGGUGAUGUGUAUAUUUGUGGUCUUCCUGUUUGCCUUCGUACCGGAAACACACGGAGUUGAGGUCCCGCAGACUGUGGAUGAGUUGACAGUCUGGUACCGCGUUAACAAGUUCGAGAUGAAAAUUGGUAAGAACCGAAACGCGAAAAAAGACCGCGCGGGAGAAUUUGAAGAAGAACUCAGAGACGUACAAUGA